AUGCCUCUAAGUUUCCUGUGGCUCGGCCUCACCUUGCUGGGCACCCUGCACACCCAGGCCCAGAGCUCCACCCCAGGCCUGAUCCCAGCACCCCCUCUGCUCAAGGUCCCUCUGCAGCCAGACUUCCAGGAGGACCAGUUCCAGGGGAAAUGGUACGUCAUUGGCCUAGGAGGGAAUGCGCUUGGGAAAGAUAAACAAGGCCAGUUUAAGAUGUAUACCACCACCUAUGAGCUGAAAGAAGAUGGCAGCUACAAUGUCACCUCCACCCUGCUCAAGAAUGAGAACUGUUUCCACUGGAUCAGAACUUUUGUCCCAAGUUUCCAGCCAGGCCAGUUCAACCUGGGCAACAUUAAGAAUUUCCCUGGUAUACAGAGCUACACAGUGCGUGUGGUAGCUACCAACUACAGCCAGUUCGCCAUAGUGUUCUUCAAGAAAGUUUCCAAUAAAAAGGAGUACUUCAAGACCACCCUCUAUGGGAGAACCAAGGAGCUGACCCCUGAGCUGAAGGAGAACUUUAUUCGCUUCGCCAAAUCUCUGGGCCUCACCGAUGACCACAUCAUCUUCCCAGUCCCAAUUGGUAAUGGCCAGUCGUGGGAAGAAGGGGACAUGGGGACUGUCCAGGCCUAA